AUGAUCUCCAAUAUCGAUCAUCCCGGAAAUUUCCCCUUUUCACUCUUUCUCGGCGCCUACAGUACAUCAACGGAGUAUCUCCGGCUCAACUACCUCGAAAUUGAUCAUUCCUUAGGUCCUGAAAGCGCACAUUCCUUCAGGUACUUUGUCUGCUCUGUACACUUCAUUUACGCCAACUCAACUGUGAAUAUUGGCCCUUCAACUCCACUUCGUUGCAGGGAUUCAGAUGCGUCACAGUGA